AUGGCUGACCACAAGGAUGCCAUUGCCUCAGAGCACCGCAGGCCCAGCGUGCUCUUCGCCGAUGAGUCCAAGCGCAAGGCCAGUGUUGCUCAACUGACAUCCAACACUACUGGAGAAGUCCGCAAUCCUCUGGUCGGGAUUCCGCGCGAGCAGAUGCUCCAGGAUGUCGAAAACUACGCCAACGAGAAUACCCUGACCGAUAUUCUGCCACUCUUGAAAAAGGGGGCCUUGGUCGCCCAGAGCCCCCAUGCUAUCGAGCAUAUUCCCGAACUCGACGAGUCCGACCGUCAACUCCUCCGCGAGGAAGUCACGCACCGCUGGAGACACCCCAAGACCCUCUAUUUCACUAUCAUCCUCAACUCGAUCGCCGCCGCCAUUCAGGGCUGGGAUCAGACAGGUUCCAAUGGUGCCAACUUGACCUUCCCCGUCGCCUUCGGUAUCCCUGAUUCCGGUCCUGUCUGUGAAGCCGCGGGCAACUGCGAAAACAACUCAUGGCUCAUUGGCUUCAUCAACUCUUGCCCUUACAUCGCCAUCGCUUUCUUUGCCGGAUGGAUAUCGGAUCCCUUGAAUGAUAUCCUUGGCCGUCGCGGAACUAUCUUCGUCGGUGCCAUCUUUUCCCUGCUCGCUCCGAUCGGGUCGGCCUGCACUCAACACUGGGGUCAAUUGGUCGCAACGCGUAUUCUGUUAGGUAUUGGUAUGGGUCUCAAAGAAGUCACGGUCCCCGUCUUCUCGGCUGAAAACUCCCCAACAAACAUCCGUGGUGGUCUCGUCAUGAGUUGGCAAGUCUGGACGGCCUUUGGCAUUUUUCUCGGUACCUGCGCGAACCUGGCGGUCAAAGACACUGGCGACAUAGCGUGGCGCCUGCAAUUGGGGUCCGCUUUCAUUCCGGCGGUGCCCCUGGUGCUUGGUAUCUUCUUGUGCCCAGAGUCUCCUCGUUGGUUGAUGAAGAAAGGCCGUCACGCCAAAGCAUAUCAAGCUCUGCUCCGACUCCGGAACAGCCCUCUGCAAGCGGCUCGGGAUCUCUACUACAUUCAUGCCCAACUUGUCCAGGAAGAUAUCCUGGUGGAGGAGUCUGCCGUCGCCACUCACGGCAAUUUUUUCACUCGAUUCGUUGAACUCUUCACCAUCCCGCGUAUUCGACGUGCAACUCAGGCUUCGGGCAUCGUCAUGAUUGCCCAGCAAAUGUGUGGCAUCAACAUUAUCGCCUUCUACUCAUCCACUGUCUUCUCAAAUGCCGGAGCUAGCGUGACUGGCUCUUUGCUUGCGUCCUGGGGCUUUGGCCUGGUCAAUUUCCUCUUCGCCUGGCCUGCCGUUUGGACGAUCGAUACCUUCGGCCGACGAGCUCUGUUGCUCUUUACAUUCCCCAACAUGUGCUGGACCCUGCUGGCGGCCGGCUUCUGUUUCUGGAUCCCCGAAAGCAGCAACGCCCACCUCGGCCUGAUUGCGUUGUUCAUUUUCCUGUUCGACGCUUUUUACUCGCCAGGAGAAGGGCCUGUUCCGUUCACCUACUCGGCCGAAGUGUUCCCGCUGUCGCAUCGUGAAGUCGGCAUGUCCUGGGCCGUGGCCACCAACAACUUCUGGGCGUCAGUCUUGUCUCUUACCUUCCCGCGUAUGCUCCAAGCCAUGAAACCACAGGGCGCAUUUGGGUUCUACGCCGGACUUAACGUUAUUGCGUUCGUCAUGAUCUUCUUGUGGCUUCCGGAGACCAAGCAGCGAACCCUCGAAGAGUUGGAUUACGUCUUCGCCGUGCCCACUCGCACACAUAUGCAUUACCAACUCAACCAGGUCAUGCCGUACUGGUUCAAGACCCAAAUUCUGCGGCGCAAGGGUCUUACUCCUCCACAGCUCUACAAGUUCGACUCAGACGAUUAUGUGGCCUCUGAUCGCGAAGAGAUUACGGAGAAGUCGGCCGAUGUUUGA